AUGUCCACGCCGUUCGGGAAAAGUAAGAGAACGCCAAGAACACCACCACUAUCUCCGUCGCCGUCGCCGACACCAACACUACCAAAGACUCCGUCGACGCCGCGAGUGAAGUCUGUGGCCGAACAAAAGUCGGAAAAGAAGAAGAAAGAAGAAAAGAGGAAGAUGGAUGCGCAACUCAAGGCGCUAGUGAAGCAGAGAGAGGCAGUGCGUGGAAAGCUGUUUCGUGUGCGUGCGGCCUUGAGAGACAGCGAGGAGGAACCGAACCCGAACGUUCGAAACGUUCACUUCCUCCAGCUGCAGAAGCGGGCUUUGGAGAACAUUUACGGCGAGUGCAACGAGGUGCAAAACAAGAUCUACGCACUGCCGCUCUCUGAAGACCAAGACAUAGUGCAAACCGAGAAGUACGUGGAGUUCGAGGGUGUCUUCAACGAAGUGUCGCUGAAGUUGAGCACGCUGAUCGAUGUCGUGCCGAAGGCGGAACCAGCUGCCCCAGCGCCCGGAGCGCCGGCCCAGCAGCCAGCCCAGCCCUACCUCCCACCGCUGCAAGUGCCGUUGCCCAAAUUCGAUGGGUCCUACGAGAAGUGGUACGCGUUCAAGGCGCUGUUCACCACUCUGAUGAACCGCUAUCGACAAGAAGAGCCUGCCCUGAAACUCUACCACCUGCGGGAUUGCCUCGUAGAGAAAGCAGCUGGCAUCAUCGACGACGAGAUGAUCAACAACAACGAUUACGACGCCGCCUGGGCGCUGCUCACGUUGCGCUACGAGGACAAGCGGAUCGUUGUGGACAAGCUCGUGGACAAACUCUACGGUCUACCGAAGAUCAGCCAGGAGGAUGCUGCGGAGCUGCGGAAGGUGAUCGACACCUGCACGAAGAACGUUGAUGCCUUGAGGAACCAGGAACUACCGGUGGCUGGGCUCGGCGAGCAGAUGCUGAUCAACCUCAUCGUGGGCAAGAUGGAGAAGAAGCUGCAGGUGGCCUGGGAGGCCAAGCAGAAGAAGAACGUGCUCUCGACCUACGCUGCGUUGAUGGCGUUCCUGGAAGAGCAGUGUCGAAUCUCCGAGAAGAUCGACACCAAAGUGAAACCAGCGAAGGAGAGUGCGAAGCCGAAGACGGCGGGAAGAAGCCACACGCUGAGUGAAUCGAAAAACGAACAAAAGUGUCCAGUGUGCAAGGCCGCUCACGAACUGUGGAAGUGCGAAGCCUUUAAGAGCAAAAGUGUCAGUGGUCUGAACGGCAACAAAACCCGGAUUAGCCGUCGACUGCGCGCGACCAUCAGGUCUCGCCACGGAAACUUUGCUGCUGAACUGGACUUCCUGGUGACCCCACGAAUCACUGGUGAGCUUCCGGUGAAAUCCUUCGACGCCUCGGAGUGGCCCAUCUCAAGCGAACUUGUGCUGGCCGACCCGGCGUUCAACAAACGAGGACGCGUCGAUAUGCUGAUCGGCGCCGAAUACUUUUGGAACCUGCUACUAGACGGCCGAUACGAACUCGGCCCCGACCGACCUGUGCUGAGGAACACCAAGCUGGGUUGGAUUGCCGGAGGUGUGAUUGCGAGCGAUGCGACGGUCGUUGCGCGCGCACUUUGCCAGACGUCUGAAGAAGAGCCGCUCAUCGAGCUGCUGAAGAGCUUCUACAAGGUGGAGGCCUGCGACGAGAUCCGCUCAUCCCCGACGGCGGACGACGAGAUGUGUCUGGAGCACUUCCAGCGCACACACGAACGAACUGAGGAAGGGCGCUACGUGGUACGUCACCCUUUCAACGAACGCAAGCGCGAGCUGGGAGACUCGCGUGAGAUGGCGCUGCGGCGUUUUCUGGCUCUGGAGCGGAAACUGGACAAGCAGCCCGAACUGAAGGAGCAGUACUCGCAGUUCAUCCGAGAGUACGAGCAACUCGGACACAUGCGAGAGAUCGAAGAAGCACCGAACGAGGACCCGGGAUCGGCGUUCUACCUGCCGCACCACUGCGUGCUGAGGCCCACGAGUACGACCACCAAGCUGCGGGUCGUGUUCGACGGGUCGGCGAAGACGUCCACGGGCGUCUCGAUCAACGACGUUCUGAGGAUCGGCCCAACAAUCCAGAACGACCUGACGGCGAUCCUGCUCCGAUUCAGAGGCUUCCAGUUCGUCUUCACGCUCGACAUCCCGAAGAUGUUCCGGCAAGUGCGCGUCCAUCCGGAAGACACAAGGUACCAGCGAAUCUUUUGGAGGUACGACCGGAACGAUUUUCUCACCGUUCGAGAGCUGCUCACGGUGACGUACGGCCUGGGACCCUCGCCGUUCCAAGCAACCAUGGCGCUGAAACAAGCUGCAGCAGAUCACGAAGACGAGUUCCCGAGGGCCGCCGAGGUGGUCGACAAGGGAACGUACAUGGACGACGUACUGACGGGUGCCGAUACGCUUGCUGAGGCGUGCGAACUCCAACGGGAGAUGACCGGGCUCCUAGCGAAAGCCUGCUUCGGCGCCCACAAGUGGUGCGCGAACCACUCCGACCUCUUGCGAGAGGUCCCUGAAGAGCUGCGUGGCAAUUCGUUCGAGGUCACCGACGACAGCUCGAAGACGAUCGUGAAAACGCUGGGCGUUACGUGGAACCCGUUUGAGGACUGGUUCUCGGUGUCAGUGCCCGACUUCGACGACCUGGAAGAAGUGACUCGGAGGAAGCUUCUGAGUCAGCUGGCCAAGAUCUUCGACCCGCUGGGAUUCUUUGGGCCAGUCAUCACUUACGCGAAGCUGAUCCUGCGAGAAGUUGGCGAGCUGCACAUCGAGUGGGAUGACCCGGUCCCAACAGACAUCGGCGAGAAGUGGCGGAGCUUCCGCAUCGAGUUGACCGCGCUGAGAGAGGUGCGACUGCCGAGAUGGAUCUCCUGGAAAGGCGCGCUCAAGCUAGAACUGCACGGGUACGCGGACGCAUCUGAUCUGGCCUACGGUGCGUGCAUCUACGUGAAGGGCUUCUUCGCGAACGAGGAGACCGAGAUGAGAUUGAUCUGCAGCAAGUCUCGAAUCCUGCCCAAGAAACGGAAGCCCAAGGAGAAGGCCAUCUCGACCCCCCGAGCUGAACUGCUGGCGGCACUGUUGCUCGCUAGAAUGGUCGUGAAGUUCCUGAGCGCCACGGAACUCAAGUUCGAAUCGGUGCACCUCUGGAGCGACUCGCAAAUCGUCCUGGCUUGGCUCAAGAAACUCCCGCAGCUGCUGCAGACGUUCGUGUCGAAUCGGGUAAGCGAAAUCCAAAAACUGACGCAAAACUUCCACUGGCAUUACGUUGCUACGCACGAAAACCCGGCCGACUUGAUUUCGCGGGGAGUCACACCGAAGAAGCUGAUCAAGUCCAAGAAGUGGUGGCAGGGCCGACCACGCACAACCGUAGCCGCGGCUGCGGACGAAAUCGAGAUUCCGGACGACCAGCUGCCGGAAAUGCGAACUGGAGUGGUGCUGGCCAUGACAGUUCCUGUCGAACGUUUCCCGAUGUUUGACAAGUUGAGCAGUUUCACGGGGAUCGUCAGAAGCAUGGCUUACUUGGUGCGCUUAGCGAGGUUCGUCAAGUCGCGCAAAACAGAGGUGGUGAAGGGACGACUCACCGCCAAGGAGAUGCGUACAGCGACACUCGUGAUCGUACGGCUGGUUCAACGCGAAGCAUUCCAGCCAGAAAUCCUUGCACUGAUGGACGGUGCGGACACAAACCAUCGACUCAACGGGCUGAAGGCGUUCCUGGAUCCCGACGACGGCCUUCUGCGAGUUGGUGGCCGGAUCAAGCGGGCCUUCGUGCCGUACGAUAGCCGUCACCAGAUGCUGCUGCCGGCUAAGCACCCGAUCACCGAAGCACUCGUCCGAGAACUGCACGUGGACAACCUGCACAUCGGGCAACGAGGUCUGCUUGCGGUUGUACGACAACGAUUCUGGCCGCUCAACGUGAAGAGUACGAUCCGCCAAGUGAUCCGGAAGUGCAUCGUGUGCUUCAAAGCGAACCCGUUGAAGACGACACAGCUGAUGGGUGACCUCCCGUCGUAUCGUGUCCAGCCAGCUCCGGUCUUCUCGAACACCGGUGUGGACUACGCCGGGCCAUUCUGGAUCAAGACGUCAUCGGCCACGCGUAAGCCCCAGAUCACGAAAGCUUACGUGUGCUUGUUCGUGUGUUUGCAGACCCGGGCCAUUCACUUGGAGCUGGUCUCGGACCUGACGACGGACGCCUUCCUAGCGAGCUUGCGACGAUUCGCCAGCCGACGCGGGUGCCCGAAAACGAUGCACUCCGACAACGGGACCAACUUUGUCGGGGCCAAAACGGAGUUGCACGAACUUUGGCAGAUGUUCCAGAACGAGUGCGCCACGAAGAAGAUCACCAGCUACUGCGUCGAGAAGGGAAUCGAGUGGUCUUUUAUCCCGCCGCGGAGUCCACACUUCGGCGGCAUCUGGGAGGCCGGCGUGAAGCAGGUCAAGCACCACCUGAAGCGGAUUGUCGGCGAGCGAAAGUUGUCCUACGAGGAACUCUACACCACGCUGACCCAGAUAGAAGCUGUUUUGAACUCGCGGCCCCUGGUGCCGAGCUCGGACGACCCGUCGGACUAUACCGCGAUCACGCCAGCACACUUCUUGAUCGGACGUGAGAUGCAGGCCGUGCCAGAACCAGACUACUCGCACCUCAAGGAGAACCGACUGUCGCGAUGGCAGCUGGUGCAGACCAUGCUGCAGCACUUCUGGAGGCGGUGGACAGCUGAAUACCUGCCGGAGCUGCAAAACCGAUCGAAGUGGCUGAAGACGAAGGUCAUCAAGGAGGGUUCGCUCGUGCUGCUCGUGGACCAGAACGCGCCACCUCUGCAGUGGCCUCUUGGACGAAUCGUGACCGCGCACCCCGGAGAGGACGGCGUGACUCGCGUCGUUACGGUGCGCAUGGCGAACGGAGCGGAGUUCAAGCGCGCGGUGACCGAGGUGUGCUUGCUGCCGUUGGACGAGGACGAGGAUUGA